AUGAAGAGGAACAAGCAGAUCAACAUUAAGGGUGCUCUAGCCCUCGCCAGCACCUUCCACUUCCUGUAUUCUUGUGCCAGAGCUUGCGUCCAUCCCUUCCUCACCCUGUACCUCAGAUACCUGGGCCUCACUCCCUCCACGACGGGCCUUCUCAUGAGCACCAAGCAUCUCAUCUCCCUGGUCUGGAGCCCUCUGGCCAGCUUUCUGUCCAAACAAUACAACAAGAGGAGGGCAGUGAUUACAGGGUCUCUGGUCUGUUCAGCAGGGGCAGCCCUCAUCCUCCUGCUUAUCCCAUCCACAGGCGUCGAGACGCUGACCAGUCACUGCAACAUCUCUCACCUCAGUGUGAGCUCCACUGAAGAGCUGAGUUUCAGCAGGUCAGCAGAAAAGGAGAAGCAGAGGGAGAAGGAUGAGGCCCGCUUCGAGUUCCUGGACAGCCUCAAAGUUAUGGACGUCCAGCACAAGCUCUUCUUCAUGCUCCUCAUCGUGGUGUCGAUAUGGGAGCUGAUGGCCGCCCCUCUGGAAUGGACAGUGGACGUCUGGCUCUAUGAGUAUUUGGAUUUUGUGGAUGCGUCUGAUCGCUAUAGUAGUACAGGAGUGUGGGGGUUGCUUGGGGCUGUGAGUGGGGUGAGUGGUGCAGGACUGCUGGUGAGCCACCUGGACUGCCUCAUUGGCUCACACACACCCAGGGAAGCUGUCCAUGUCUACUCCUAUGCAGCUGUGACAACACUGGCCGUGCCUGUGGUGGCCUUCCUGCCCCUCUACCUAAACAAGAAGUGUAGUCGCUCCACUGGGCUCUUCAAAGCUUUACAGCUGGUGCGUGGGGACCUCCGUGCCCUGCUGUGUGCUGCCACUGCCUUCCUAAUGGGGCUGACGGGGUCUGCGGUGGAUGACUUACUGCUGUGGCAGAUGCAGGACCAUGGGAGCAGCGAGUUGCACAUGGGCCUCUCUUUAGCCGUAGCGUUGCUCUCCUGGGCCGCCUUCCCUCUGCUGAUUGGUCAGGUGUCGAAGCUCCUGAGCCCAGGCAGGGUGCUGCUGGUGGGGACGGCCUGCCUGGCCCUGUAGUGCCUCUACUACUCCUUCCUGUGGGGCCCAUGGACUGCAAUACCUGUCCAGGUGCUGAGCUGCUUCAGCAGUGGCGCCCUCUGGUGGGCAGUGCAAGUGCAGUGCGAGGACGUGACCACGCCGGGCACAGAGAGGAGCGUGAGGAGGGUCUACCAGGCCCUCUCUCUGGACCUGGGGGCAGGGCUGGGCAGCAUGGCCCGGGGGUUUGUUGUCCACAGGUUUGGGGUAUAUGUGCUAUUCAGAGGGGUAGAGGUGAUGCUGCUCCUGUGGUGCCUGUUUCUACUCCUGCUCCAGUGAAAAGCCCCACCCCAACGCAGGAUCAACUACUCCCGCCUCCUCGCUUCUGACACCAGUGAAGUGAGCGAAUCAGAGUCGGAGCAGGAGACAGACUGGCUGGAGAAAGCCAUGGAGGAUGACGAGCAAUAAUGACAUGGGUUGGAGUAUAAAUCAUUAGACCUAAGGAACAAUAUGCAACAUAAUGGAAGGAUGACAGUAUAAAUUCUGCUCCUGGAGGAUUCCACCACCACUUACGGACAUGUCACUGUUCAUUUAGUCUGCCUUCUUGCAGCUCAACAAACUGCUAAGUGAAUCUGUCGCAGGCUGGUUUAAUUGAAAACUCAGUAUUGCUUUUUAAUUAUCUUUACUGCAGCUUUAUUAAUUUAGUGCUAAUGCUCUAGCAUUCCCCACCUGCCCAGAAGGCGUUUAGCCUUCUUCAGUUAAACUAAACACAUGGACUGCAGGCCUCACUA